UCAGUACACCCACAGCGACAAUCGCAUAUCAAAUAAAGCUUCGUUGAAUUUCCCUUCUAAUGACCCUCUAAGUUUGAGUAAGUUUCUCAAGGCUUUGUAACUUUAUUUCACUUUUCAAAGACUGAAGUGUGUAUUCGACCAUCAGUGCAAUGCAUUCUUUUAAGGGUUUUUUUGUAGUUGGCGUAUUCUAUUUAGUGUGUACAAUGGCUCAGAUGGAAUCUGAAUCCGAAUCAGAGAGUGUCAAACAGUCGUCGUCCGUAUCUGAAAUUGAAAAUAACAGCGGUGAAUCUGAGGGUCAGAGCGAAAUCGAAAGUGAGAGUGAAGGCUCUGACGGUGGCGGAGAAGCUCCUGAAUCAAGCGCCACCAUAAUAUCAAACGGCAAUAUCGAAGACAGUUACACACAGCCCCCACCCUCAGGGGAUGUUAAUUUUCUAGGCACAAUAGAAAGCACAACUUCAGUAGUCAUAGGCGCUGUCGUUGCUGCAGUCGGCAUUGUUUCGAUAAGCGCAGCGGUUGCUGUUUAUGUGAUGGUUCAACGGAGAAAACAAAGGCUAUAGGCCUAGUGACAUAGAUGUAUAAAUACCGUCUGCUGAAUCAUCAAUGGACUAUGCCAUAUGAAGGACAAAAUGGACACUAUAAGCUAUUUAAUUUCUAAUCUUUUAUGUCAUUAGAGGUCCCUAUUAACAGUGCAAUCUACCAAAACAAAUUCAGACAAACCACAGAAUAAAGAGUCACGUGACUCUCACGAGCACCUGCAUAUUUCAAUUGAAAAUGUAAAUAUUCUGAGCUCUUCGUUUUUGAUUAGUAGAGCCAAAUGUAGUACACACUUUAUGUCGUCAGGGCAGUUGCAGCACUCCUUAUAAACCAGAUUUAGUUUAGUCAUAUUGUAAGAAUACAAAUGCAUGAAAUUAUCUUUCCAUUUGUGAAGAAAUAGACAGGCAUAAAUCAGAAAUAAAUAAGAAAAAUACCAAUAAUAAAAACUGUAUACCUCUAUAUAUCAUUUUAACUAUUUAAAUAUCAGCCAUACAUAUUGUACAUCUUCUAAAUAUGUAAAAACCAUUACUAGUAUAUAACAAAGAAACGAAGAGCCAAGCAGGUGGUAAACCCGAAAACACUACAUAAUUAGUCAUUACCAAAACUAUUUUUUUAAAGUGAGUCAGAAGCCUAUCAAAUAUAAGUAUUGACAGACAUUGCAAAAUAGUAUUUACAAAGAAAUAGCUACAAGUAUUUUCAACAGUUAUGAGCGAAACGAACACUUGAGUCAUCCAGGAUUUUGAAAGUACUUUCGAAUGAGUUCAGAUUUCAGUAUUCUCCAGGUUAUUAGGACCUACGCCUAUGGAUUAAAUACGAAAAUCUUGGUUAAAAGGCAGGUGACCGAAGGUACCAGGACAAAAAGCAAAACUAAUUACCACGAUCCGCAUUUCAGACGUUACCGUAAUUUCGUUCUAAUAUUUUUUUUUUGCAAUAUCAUCAAUUCUGCCUUUAAUAUUUACCAAUUUUAAUCAAAAUAAACAGUUCAUGUUUUACUUA